CUCUUCUUUAGUUUAUCAGUCAAAGUUAAAUAUCUAACGAUGGUUCUUCCAAGAUUAUUUAACACUGCUUCACGCAAUGCAUUCACUGCUGCUAAGCGUAACCUCAUGUUCAACAGAGGUUUAGCUACUGCUGCUCCUGUUGGUAAAGUCAGAGCUGUUAUUGGUGCCGUUGUCGAUGUUCAAUUCGAAGAAGGUAACUUACCAGCCAUUUUAAAUGCUUUAACCUUAAAGAACGGUGAUCAAGAUUUAGUCUUAGAAGUUGCCCAACAUUUAGGUGAAAACACUGUCAGAACCAUUGCUAUGGAUGGUACUGAAGGUUUAGUCAGAGGUGCUCCAGUUGCUGAUACUGGUGCUCCAAUUUCUGUCCCAGUUGGUAGAGGUACUUUAGGUAGAAUUAUUAACGUUGUUGGUGAACCAAUUGAUGAAAGAGGUCCAAUUGAAUGUAAACAAAGAAACCCAAUUCAUGCUGAUCCUCCAACUUUUGUUGAACAAUCUACUGCUGCUGAAGUUUUAGAAACUGGUAUUAAAGUUGUCGAUUUAUUAGCUCCUUACGCUAGAGGUGGUAAGAUUGGUUUAUUCGGUGGUGCCGGUGUCGGUAAAACCGUUUUCAUUCAAGAAUUGAUUAACAACAUUGCUAAAGCCCAUGGUGGUUUCUCUGUCUUCACUGGUGUCGGUGAAAGAACUAGAGAAGGUAAUGAUUUAUACCGUGAAAUGAAAGAAACCGGUGUCAUUAACUUGGAAGGUGAUUCCAAAGUCGCAUUAGUUUUCGGUCAAAUGAAUGAACCACCUGGAGCUAGAGCUAGAGUUGCUUUAACUGGUUUAACCAUUGCUGAAUACUUCAGAGAUGAAGAAGGACAAGAUGUCUUAUUAUUCGUCGAUAACAUUUUCAGAUUCACUCAAGCUGGUUCUGAAGUGUCUGCCUUAUUAGGUCGUAUUCCAUCUGCUGUCGGUUAUCAACCAACUUUAGCCACUGAUAUGGGUCUUUUACAAGAACGUAUUACCACCACCAAGAAGGGUUCUGUUACCUCUGUUCAAGCUGUUUAUGUCCCAGCUGAUGAUUUAACUGAUCCUGCUCCUGCCACCACUUUUGCCCAUUUGGAUGCUACCACUGUGUUAUCUAGAGGUAUUUCCGAAUUAGGUAUUUACCCAGCUGUCGAUCCUUUAGAUUCUAAAUCAAGAUUAUUGGAUGUUGCCGUUGUUGGUAAAGAACAUUAUGAUGUUGCUACUAACGUUCAACAAACUUUACAAGCUUAUAAAUCUUUACAAGAUAUUAUUGCCAUUUUAGGUAUGGAUGAAUUAUCUGAAGCCGAUAAAUUAACUGUCGAAAGAGCUAGAAAGAUUCAAAGAUUCUUAUCUCAACCAUUUGCUGUUGCUGAAGUUUUCACUGGUAUCGAAGGUAGAUUAGUCAGAUUACAAGAUACUGUUAAAUCAUUUAAGGAAGUUUUAGCUGGUAAAUACGAUCACUUACCAGAAAAUGCUUUCUAUAUGGUUGGUGGUAUUGAAGAUGUUGUUGCUAAGGCUGAAAAAUUAGCUGCUGAAUCUAAAUAGAUUUGAUUCAUAACAACUAAUCAUUUGUCCUCGCUAUAUAAUUUCUAUGCAAUCCAAAAGAAGAUUUUUAUAUUAUAUAAAAAGAUAAUCAUUACUAAAAGAAUUUAACGUUAUUAGAUAUUAAAUCUGUUGUAAAGUAGUUGUAGUUGUAGUUGUUAUUUUUGUUCGCACCCCACAUUCGCAGUAUUUGCUAAUAGGGUAAGUUAACUAGUGCUAGUAUGUUCAGUAAGCUUUAGUAAGAGUGGGAACAUAAACAUACCACUUAAACAGAUUUACUUAGCACAUGUUAAGCAUUCCAUUUCGACUACAUUGACACUGAGAAAUUCUGUAAAUUGCAAGUACUGUAAGUACUGUAAGUACUGUAAGUUCAUGGUGCCGUACAACUUAAGACAUUUCACUAAAAGUAGUGCGCACAAUUUUCACAGUUGGGGUACG